AUGAGGAGUUUUGGGACACAUGUUUUAAUAUUGGUGAUUAUUCUGGGCAAAGUCAAUGGAGUGUCAUUCUACGGCGAUGGCUACAUCCACCUGCGCACAGUGGAGUCCUCUGUUCAGACUUCGGUCCACAUCAGGUUCAGGACUAGCGCCCCUUCAGGACUGCUUUUUGUGGCAGCGGGGGACAGGGACUUUCUACUGGUGGAGCUCAUCUCGGGGCACCUGCAGAUCCGCCUUGACUUGGGUUCCGGUGAGCGCUUCAUCCAGUCAGAAAAGCACCUUCACCUCAACGAUCUGGCUUGGCACGCCAUGCAGCUGUCCCACGACCGCCAUAACCUCACUCUGACGGUGGACCGUAACUCCCACACCCAUCUCCAACUGCCCGGCCCUGACCUGGAACUCAGCCUGGUCGAUGGCCUGUUUGUAGGUGACAGAGCCUGGCUGACCCACCCCUAUCUCCAAAACAGCACUCUCGGAUUCCGUGGGUGCAUGGAUGAAGUGGUUUUUAAUGAGCAUAACUUGCUGUCCAGCCUCAGGCCAUAUUCUGGCUAUAAAAGCGUUUAUGAGGUCUCUCUUGGAUGCAGCCCGCAGUUCUCAGCCACAGACGAAGACCCUAUCAGUUUCUACAGCUCCAAAUCGUUCAUUUCGUUUCCGACAUGGGAGGUCCCGCAAGAAGGGGUGUUCCAAUGCGAAAUUCUCCCGUUUAUGGGUGAAGCGGACGGAGUGGUCUUGUACAGCGUCGGAAUUCACGGCGUAUUUGUGGCCAUAGAGGUCCAAAAUAGUCACCUGAUGGCUACGGUCGGUAAAGGAAAACGCAAAAUUAAGCUGCGUUCUGUGGUGCAACUCAAAAGCAAGGUAACGUGGCAUCCUGUCGAGCUACGCCUGCUUCCCCAUGAAAUGUAUCUCAAAGUGGGCGAGGAAAUAAUGACGGCCAAUCUUACGGUGGAGCUUCAAUCCAUUCAACUCAAAGGGAGCCUGUUUAUCGGCGGGCUGAGCGAACAGGCCAGAUCAGAGGCCAGGCGGAGUGGACUGCUAUCGAUUCAGCCAGAGGGUCAACUCGGCUCCUUCAAGGGGUGUCUACGAGAAAUGAAAGUCAACGGGCAGAAGAUGGGAAUACCGCACACGACUGUUACAAAGGAUGUGACUCUGGAAUGCGACAGAAGAGACGUAACAGCAAUGACUACGAGCCCAACGGUGGCAACGAGGAUGGAUGAUACAACAGGGCAACCAGCGAACACCAGGAAGCACCCGCAGUUUCUGGUGUUGAAGAGACUAGAGGUGGCAGAGGGAGGACGGGCAUCUCUGGAACCAAAACAUAUUAAGGUCAACUUGAAUUAUCGAAAACUGCAAAUCCACCCCUCCCAGCUGAGGUUCCGUGUGGAAGGGCAGCCCCUCCACGGUCACCUCCGCGUGGACCUCCUCUCCGACUCGGACACAGACGAAGAUCAGGAGCUGGCUGGAUCCGAGCGAGACCUGAGCUUCAGCGUGGUGGACCUCUGGCAGGGCCGCGUCAUGUACGUUCACAGCGGAUCCGAGGAGCCCAGCGACUUCUUCAUGUUUUCAGUUUUCAGCCACGGAAAGAAAGAGCUGCCCUUCUUUCUGAAAAGCAACCGUCUGCAUCGCUUCGACAUCAGCAUCAGUCCAGUCAAUGACGCUCCGGUGCUGAGUCUGCCAGAGGGAAACAUGUUUACGAUGUUGGAAAACUCCACAAGACAGCUCACAUCAGAAGUGGUGAGAGUGACGGACCCCGACAGCGCUGCGGAGGACUUGGUGUUUAACUCACUGGCCGAUAUAAGAACUGAGGCGGGGCAUCUGGAGCAUCUGGACUAUCCGGGCAGGCCUAUUAAUAUAUUCUCAUUGCAAGACCUGGAGAGCAAUAAGAUCCGUUUUGUCCACACUGGGGUCUCAAACAUCAGACUGCCGCUGCGAGUCAGUGACGGGGAAAAGUUCAGCAACACUGUAACUCUAAGGAUAACGGCUGUACCGCUCGAUUACCAACUCGUCAACAACAGCGGUUUGGAGGUGGGACAAGGCGGAUCGGUCGUAAUUUCAACCAAUCAACUCGCGAUCCGGUUGAAUGUCGCCAACCAGGGACUGGACUUUCGCUAUGACGUCACGGAGCUGCCUAUAUACGGGGAACUCCAGAGGCUUCACUCCAGCGGCGAAUGGAAAACCAUCACCACCUUCAGCCAAAAACUUCUCGAUAAAGAACGCAUUAGAUAUGUGAAUACUUACUAUGGCCUUCAGAGUCAAAACAACGCCACGGAGAGGCCACAGAAGCAUGGGAGCAAGGAGGACAAGGAGCCAGAGGAGCACAGGUUCAAUAUUUCGGUGCAGCUUGUGAACGACCAGAAGCCGGUCCGAGUGGUGGACAAGGUUUUCCAUGUGGCGCGGGAAGGACAGAGGCUGGUAACCUUGAGCGAUUUGCGCUUUCAGGACCAGGACUCGGACUUUGAGGACAGCUGGCUGGUCUACACACGGAGGGGGGUUCCCAUGGGGGAGCUGGUGCAGGCCACGGACCCCAACCACAAGCUGUUCGAGUUCACACAGCGGGAUCUCGAGCAGAAUAAGGUCUUAUUUAUCCACAGAGGAGUGAGUUCUGGACGCUUCGUGUUGUUUGUCAGCGAUGGGAAACACUACGUCUCUACGCUGCUGGAGGUAAUGGCUCAAGAUCCUUACUUGCAAGUGGAAAACAACACAGGGAUUGUAGUCCAACACGGCGGAGUCACAAUCUUAACAUCUGCUAACUUAAGCGUCGUCAGUAAUCUGGACAUCAGAGAUCCAGAGGAAGUGAUAUUUGAAGUGUUCCUCCCGCCGGAAAGUGGAAUCCUCCAUUUCAUCGACGGCGUUGAGCUUGUGACGGAGGCCGAUGCUGUUUCCACUUUCACACAAGAGGAUUUGAUCAGCGGACGUUUGGCUUAUCGUCAUGACGGCGGACAGGGGAUGACGGAUGUGUUCAAUGUGACCGCCCGGGUCAGGGAGAGGAGCUGGGGUCAUGAUUCUCACACAGGAAGUGCUGAGGAGCGGCAGGAAGAGAAAGGAGAGGAAGGAUGGAGCUGUCUGAUGGUUGAACAUGGGAACUACCCUCUUCAAGUUCACUUUGUGGCCAACAAAAGACUGAGCAAAGAAAAAGAAAGAAAGGAAUUCAAGAGUGCAGUAAUGGGAGAAGAAAAAGCAGAACACACUGGACACUACACACAUCAUCCCCCAUCACAUUAUAGGACCUCUGAGUGCAUUACAGCUUGUGUUCCCAUGCCCCCUCAAAAACCCCCCCUCCUUCCAGCCCUGGACCGCUCUGUACCACGGACAACACCUCCCCAGGGAGACGUCCAGGAGGCAUCUGUUCACCUCAGCUGGUCCUCCUCCUGUGAACGAGUUCUGCAGAACAUCUCAUCAGUGAGAGAUGGAGAUGCAGAGACACUCCUCUCUGCAGACAGCAGCUCCUGUUCUCCUGCUCUCUGA